AUGGGCGCCGCCAUCCUCAAGAGCUGCUUCCUGGUCGGCCACGCGAUGGACCUCCCGCACGAGCGGCAGCAGCAGCUGCAGCUGCACAGCCACAACCACAACCACAACUACCACCAGCACAAGCAGCGCAAGCAGCAGCCGCCGCCGCAGCAGACAAACUGCCGCGUCGUUAACGCAGCGAAGAAGGCGUCGCGGACGCACUCGAGCGCACAGGACGUUGCAACGCGCUUCACGACGCGAGCUGCCAGUUCCGUGACGUCCGAAGCCGCGACUACGUCCGAGUCGUCGUUCGUGUCGGACUCGCCGUCGCACGUGGUGAGUCCCGUGCUCCCCAUACACAUCCACGCGUCGCUCUCGGGCUUCCGAGCGCUCUUGCCGCCCCAGUACCUCCUUGAAGGCGUGGCGGGCAAAGGCACGACGUCGACGUGUUACAAGUGCGUGCGCACGACGGACAAUCGCCGCUUUGCGUGCAAAAUCAUUGAGAAGAAGCGACUGGCGUCGUCGAAGCGCAAGCGCCUGGAAGUCGCGACGCAGCUGCGCCGGGAAGUGAACGUCUUGCAGCGGGUCAAUCACCCGCACAUUGCCAAGUUGGUGCAAUCGUUCGAAGACGACGAGUUUCUGAUUCUUGUGAUGGAGCUGCUGGAAGGCGGCGAGCUCUUUGAUGCGAUCGUGCAGAAGGGACGCUUUGCGGAAGCCGAAGCCGUGCACGUUGCUCGCAGCCUCCUGUCGGCGAUCCAGCACAUGCACGAGCGAGGAGUUGUGCAUCGGGACUUGAAGCCGGAGAAUAUGCUGCUGGCCGUGUCGGCUACCCGUCGGAGACAGAAGGCGGUGCCGGACGUGCCACUGAACAUAAAGAUUAUCGACUUUGGGUUUGCCAAGGUGCUGAAAGAAGGCGCGACGUCGUCGUCGUUUCUCGGAACAGGCGGCUACUUGGCGCCCGAGAUUUUGCUGCGGCAGCCGUACAAUGCGUCAGUGGACAUGUGGUCCUUUGGCGUCUUGGCGUACUUGCUGCUGUGUGGCCGACUGCCGUUUCCAGCCACGACGCAGCUCCGACCCAACCAGUCGAUCCAGAUGCUGUACAAGCUCACGUUUCCCAGGCGGUACUGGCACGGCGUGAGUCCGCUGGCGAUUGACUUUGUGCAGCGCGUGCUGGUGCUCGAUCCGUCGGCGCGGCUCACGGCUUCUGAAGCGCUGGACCAUCCGUGGCUUCGAUACUAA